AUGGAGGUUAAUUAAGUCAUAAUUUCAAGCAUGAUUGACCCGGCCAUUAUAAGCAAACGUGUGACUAUCAGGGACUCAUUUAUUUAGAUCUUGUGCUGAUGUAUUUGGGGAGGAACUUUAUUUUUGUGCGUUGUUUAUAUUUAAAUAUUUGAUUAUCUUUGUUCGACCCAUGCAAGGACCUUUAGCUAGCAGGGCGGCGACGGCUAUUAAUACAAUUAAUGAAAUUUAUGACAGUGAAGAAAGAAAAUGCAUAAUUAAAGGUCCCUUGGGAGUUUUAGACGUCGUCUUUUCUCUGUUUACAACAGCAAACCAAAUAUUUUCACUUUUUGUUUAUAUACAACGUCUGCCUUUCAAGCCGCGAAAAGUCCUCGGCAAAUUGGCUUAGUAGAAGUCUUCUCAACUAUAACAUAUUUUGAGAAUAAUACAUGGGUGCGCGGAAAUACCAGAUUUAUUUCGAGUGUUGAACAUGAUAUCUCACGAGUGAGCGCAGCGAACGAGUGAGAUAUCAUGUUCAACACGAGAAAUAAAUCUGGUAUUUCCAAGCACCCAUGUAUUUUUCUGUUUAUUAUAUAAACAAAAUUCAGUGAAAAACAAUAAAACGUAUACGUGGCAAUGCGUUUUACAACAAAUGAUAUUUUCACACGUAAAAAUAUCGUAUUUUUAACGUGUGUUUAAAUACGAUUUUUCUCAGUGGCCAAAACUCUAUAUAACACUUAUGUUUAUAUAAUAAAAACCUCUGUCUUAACCUUAAACUGCAAAAAAAUUCAUACAACGGAUAAUACAAGACAUGUUGUUCUUAAAGUUACUUAUUUGAACGAUUGUCGUGAUUAUCCAGUUACAAUUUUGUAAACGUUAAAGAUGUGACAAAGCUUAUAACUAAAAAGCUAUAGAUCUUCACCAAAUGCACCACAAACUGCUAAAUUCUUUUUUUAGAUUCUAAAUCGUCACCCUCCAUUUGGAAAUCAGGUAUUUAUAUUUGAAUCUAUCAUGUCGAAGUUGUAUAAUUAUAUGUUUAUUUUUUUUAAUCAAUUACUAAUAUUAUAGGUAAAAGAAGCUGUUGCAAGUCUACCAAAAUACGAGGUGGAUAUUGAACAGGUAUUUAAUUGUCGUGCGCAUAUUUCUUGUAACCGAUUACUUUUGAAUAACUGUGAGUAACUAGAUUCUAUAAAUUAAGGGCGAGGAUGCUAUCUUUCCCUCCAUACAAAAAUCGCAUACCCCUUAUGAUAAAUUCAUCAGUGUUUUUUAAAAGAAUUGUUUCUGCGCAUUGAACUGGGGAAGAGGGGAUGACGAAGUUUGUUUUUGUCAAUGUGCAUUAAUUCACUUUGCAAUAUUGGCUGGAAUUGUCUCAAGAGUGAUGUACAAGGUUGCAUGUAGCUUGGGUUACGGUUCGGGCUGGGGAAAGUUGCGGAUCGCGUGCUGGUUAUUCAAAACCCGGUUGACUUUACCCUGGGUUGAAGUGAAAUUGAGAACAAGCUUGUUUAUAAACUUGAGGUUGCAUAAUCAGGCUUACAAGAACACGCAACCCGGUUAAACUGUUUGUAUGAUGAUCAGGAGGUUGCAAUGUAAGCAUGCACAGAACGGACUAUACAUCUACUUACAAAAUUUAUAAAUUUUAUAAAUCAUACACAAAACUAAAUGUUGCCGUUUUAUUCAUUCAGUUAUUCCAGUUGGUUGCUUGUAAAUGGAUUUCAACUUUUCGGUGUACGUACCGACGUACGUAUGAAAACCCUUAACUGAAAUGCAACCCUUAGAAGAAUAAGCCCCUGUUACCAAGGUGCUUAUUAGGUUAGGAUUGAGACGUGAUUAGUACCAGUGAAGGCUAAUUUUGAAGUUAUGGCAUGGGUAUAAGGGUAAGGAUCCUGGUUGGACCCUAGUUGCUUAACAAUCUCUUUCGCAUUAAGUCCGGCUUUGGUUCAGAUUCGUAAUAGCUACCGUAUCAUGCACAAAAGCAUAUACUGUAUAUUAUUCAUUGGUCAUUUUAUCAGAAAUCUAACUACGGAGUGUCGAAAGCUGAGCUGGUAAUAUCAGUCACUAUGGUCAACUAUAUCAAACGUCAAGAUAGUGGCAAGUCAACAGGAUUUCAUUAUUGCAUUCUACUUGUUGCUGACGCUGACAACCAAAUUGUUCAUAAACAAAGACUAUCGUAAGUUGAACAUUUUCUGGAGUUUUAGUUCUGAAGUUAUACAGGGAUAAAUUUACUGGGGGUUGCAGGGUGAAAGGUGAGCACCUUUCGUAGCCUGCUCAAACAAGAAUGAGAGUUGAAAAGCGAGAGUUUGCAUCAGUCCAGAGUUUUCUCAAAUUUCAUGCCCCGGUCAAGCGCGAGAACAAGCGUUGCUUGAGAGUUGACAACUUUCAUAAAAAUUUGAACCAGUUACGAGUGCAUGCUAGUCGAUCAAUCGCUAGGGAGUGUUGCAACUCUCAUCAACUGACAACUCUCACAUGCAUCAUCGUUUGACCGAGGCUAAAAGCAAAGGGGGUGUAAGUGAGCUACCGUUUCCUAAUCAAUCUCAUUUUUUUGGAUUUGGAAGGGAAUUACGAAGACAAAAAUAAAGUAGAGACAAAAUGAAACAGUAUAUGAUUUCACAAUUGUCAAGCAGCACUUCUCUCUUAUCAUUACGCACUUGGUCAACGGUCGCAUCCUGAACCAUGACCAAAUAAUUUACAUUCAUUUGGUUGUCCUCGCUUCAUGAAGAUAUUAACUUCUUAUCAACCGAACGCGAGGUCUGUACAGAGAAAUAUCGGACCGAGGUCUUUUUUUGUACAUAUUAGUGGCGUGGUAUACACAUGGUCGAAGAAAAAAAAAAUACCAAUGUAUUCCUUCUUAUUCAUGCACUAAAAACCAUUUGCAGGUAUCUUAUUAAUAACAAAUUAAAAUAUAAUUUUCAAAUGUUCAUUUAGUUUUGCUGUAAUGACCGCUGAAAGUUGCUUCUCAGCCAGUCACAGUCCGCCAUUUCACCGGAAGUGAUGCUUGCCAUAUAAACACUUUUGGUCAAUGUUAUAUUUUUUCUAGAUUUUAGUUCAAUUUCAUGUAAUCUAUAUAUACAGCAUGAGCGGCCGUGUUGUAUAAGACAAUACAAACCCGAGCUGAGGGCGAGAGAUUGCAUAUCUUAUACAACACGGAAGCGAAAGCUGUAUAUAGCAUGUGAAACGCAAGGAUUUAAACGAUCAUGAUUUCAAAAUAGUUUUAGAAAACUGAGAAAAUGAAGGAAUAAUAUGCAAACCAGGAGAAUUUUGUACAUGUGAGUGCAUACGGAACAUGACUUUUUUUACUAUGUCAUAACCAACGUAAUGUCAACUAAUACAUAUGUUAAAGAUACGGCAAUAUAUUUUUUUAUUAUUUCAUUUGGAAGAACUUUUAAAAAAUUAUAUGUUAAUCUCUUUUACCGAUUUUGCGUAACUUUAUUAUUUCUUGAGAUAUUUGAACAGAAAAAAUCACAAAUCAGCGAGCUUUCCGCCAUCUUGGAUUUUGGCGGAUAUGCAUGUGACAUCAUAAGAUCAUAUACUUCUGUAAAAUCAUAUACUUCCCAAAAUCCUACCCAAAAUCAUAUACUUCAGUAACUAUUUGAAAUAAAAAGCUGUCUGGCGACUUUUCAAACAAGACUUAACGUUAUUUGGUCAUUUAGAUGUAGUUUUAUAUGGCUAACCCUGCUUAUGACGUCACUAAAAUCACCGAUAAUGAGAUAAAAAUUAAUCCCAGAUGGCGGACAGCAAAUUAUUUUAAGUCAAAAUAUUUCAAGAAAUAAUAAAGUUACGCAAAAUCGGUAAAGGAGAUUAACAUAUAAUAUUAAAAGUUCUUUAAAAUGAAAUAAUAAAAAUAUAUACUGCCGUAUCCCUUUAAGAAAAUCAUUCUCGGUAUCACGGAGAAUGAUUUUUGAAACAUGUAUUAGUUGACACUAUGUUUGCAUGGUUAUGAAGUAGCAAAAAGGUCAUGUUCCGCGGUAUGCUGCACAUAACGUUUCGUUUUUACUUGAACCACUCACACAAUAGGUAGAUACAACACCUCAUUAAACAUUGAUUUCUUUUGAAUUUUCUUCAUCCCAGUGGGUAGCAGAAGUGAAACCCUGAUUGUCAGGUUAGAUGAAAUAUUAAUGAUGCAACUCAAUUUAGGGACGCUGUAUUCUUCGCUAUUGGAACAUGGUCGAAAAAGAUCGAAGUUAAACGAGCUUAUUCGUCUUCUGAACUAACGAUUAAUGUGAUUAGUCAAGAUCUAGGUACUUAAAUAAAAGUCAUGAUCGGCGACACACGUUAAAAUCUCACAACUUGUAAACAAGAUACGUUCGCAAUAGGCUUGUAGUCAACAAUUUGUAACAAUGUUGUCAUUUUAUCAAGUUGCUACAGGUUGUCACUGACAACUGGUUAACAAGUUUUGAAUUGCAAGACAGUACUAAACACCUUGUAACAAGUCUAUUAAGUCAAGAAAACACUGUAGCAACUUUGUCAACAAGUGCGAACACUCUUGAUAACAAGUUGAAAUAGCAUUGGUAAACCUCCGCUGCAUGUUUGUUGUUAUAAGGCAAGUUGUGCGUUUUAUACAUACUGUAUGUAUUUCUGUGGCUUAACCGAUACGAUAUUAACACUUUUUUUCUUUCUAAUUGUACAGUUGGGCUAGACCUACAAAAGACAUUCACUCCUUACUACAAUGGACCUCAUAUCGACUACUAUAAACGUCCGACGGUAAGAUAAUUAGUGCUGUACUUGUUUAGGUAGCGCAUUCAUAGGGUACUGUACACCAUCAGUACAAACGUUUUCAUCUCUGAAAUGGUGGGUUAUGUGUGCUACCUCAUGACAUUAUAGUUGGUUGUCUCCGGGUAUAGCGAUUUCCUCCCACACAUGACACAUGUUGGCAGGGUGGGUCACAGGGGGACCGCCUUGUAAGUAUUAAAUUAAUGUUUUCGAAUCAUAACAAAGUACCCGUGGCUGUGUUUCGUGAUCAGACAUGAGUGAUAAGGAGACUGCCAGAGGCUCCCUUAUGCCAGGAGCGUCCUGAACGUUGACUUGUUCAGGUUAAGCUGCGUAUGCCCACGUUUUAUUACGUACUCCCACUCUCAUAACAGUCUCGUAAAAACACUUUCAUUUUACAAAAAAGACGUACAGUAUAUAGCCUUAAAAUGAAGCCUUUGUGUUUCAUUUUUUCUCACCAGAGUCUUAGGAGAAAAAAUAUUCCAGUGAAAGUGGCACCUGAAGGUACGGUAUCUUUAUUUCGAAC